CCGACUAGCCUUGAGGGUGCUUCAUUUAGCAAACCCGUUUAUUUGCUGCCGCAGCACCUCCGAUCGUGACGACAGCACUUUCCUCCUACAUCAACCCCGCGCUGUCCGGGCUUCUUCGCAUCGUCAAUCGCGCGGCUCUCGCAGGCGCCCAUCAUGGCCGAAAUCAAAAUCGACGGCAAGGUCUUCCAGGAGCGCAUCUCGCACUUUAUCAACGCCUGGAAGGCUGACAAGCGCUCCGGCGACGCGCUUUUCAAUGGCGUCUCCUCCAUCCUCAUCCUGAUGGGCAAGGUCGACGACACGAACCCCGAAUUCCACAAGAACAAUGCCAUGCACUUCUGGCUCCUCGGCUACGAGUUCCCCACUACCUUGAUGCUUCUCACUCUCGACACCAUCUACAUCCUCACAACACAGAAGAAGGCGAAAUAUCUCGACCAAAUCAAGGGCGGCCGAUUCCCCGUCGAGGUGCUUGUCCGCGGCAAGGACAGCACUGAGAACGAGAUGCUAUUUGUCAAGAUUACAGAUGCCAUCAAGGCAGCAGGCAAAAAGGUUGGCGUGCUCAGCAAGGAUGCGUCCAAGGGCCCCUUCAUCGACGAGUGGAAGAAAUUGUUCGCCGAGAAUUGCAAGGAUGCCGAGGAGGUCGACGUAUCCCAUGCCCUGUCGGUUGGCGCAUUCUCGGUCAAGGACGAGGGCGAGCUCCGAGCCAUGCGAACUUCGUCCAAGGCUUGCGUCGCACUCCUGACGCCCUACUUUCUCGACGAGAUGUCCAACAUUCUCGACCAAGAAAAGAAAAUCAAGCACAGCGCACUCGCCGACAAAGUGUACAACAAGCUCGAGGACGUCAAGUUCUGGAAGACGGUCGAGCUUCCGAACAGGCAGAAGCUACCUGCAGACCUCGACCCCGAGCAGCUGGACUGGAUCCUGGGGCCUGUGGUGCAGAGCGGCGGAAAGUUUGACCUUAAAUGGCAAUCAGACUCGGAUAACGAUGUUCUUCACCCCGGAGUCAUUAUUGCAGCCAUGGGCCUCCGGUACAAGUCGUACUGCUCGCAGGUUGCCAGGACCUUUAUGGUGGACCCCAACAAGUCGCAGGAGAGCAACUAUAAAUUCCUUCUCGCCGUCCACAACCUGAUUCUGAAGGAGAUACGGGACGGAGUUGUUGUCAAAGACGUCUACGCCAAGGCCCUUGCUCUAGUGAGGUCCAAGAAACCGGACCUCGAGAAGCAUUUCCUCAAGAACGUUGGCUACGGCAUCGGCCUCGAGAACAAAGACCCUACUCUUAUCCUCAACAGCAAGAAUUCCCGCGCCCUCAAGGACGGCAUGACGCUCUGUGUCACCACCGGGUUCAACGACAUCCAGAACCCCAGUGCGCAAGACAAGAACAGCAAGGUCUACUCUCUCGUCCUCACCGAUACUAUCCGUGUCACCACGUCUGAGCCUGUCGUCUUCACUGGCGAGGCACCAGUCGACGUUGACGCCACCUCUUUCUUCUUCAAGGAUGACGAGGAGGCCCAGCCAACUCCUAAGAAGGAGAAGCGAGACUCGCGAGUCGGUGCUGUAGCAACUAAGAAUAUCACCAGCACUCGACUGCGGUCCGAGCGCACAACCACAGUGGUCGAUGAUGCGGACAAGAAGCGCCGAGCCCACCAGAAAGAACUCGCCACGAAGAAGCAGAAGGAGGGCCUAGCCAAGUAUUCCGAGUCGACUGCCGACGAGAACGGUGUAGAGAUGAAGAAGUUCAAGCGCUUCGAGUCCUAUAAGCGUGACAACCAGUUCCCCCCCAAGAUUCGGGAUAUGGGUAUUGUGGUCGAUCAGAAGAACGCAACCGUCAUUCUCCCAGUCAUGGGGCGGCCUGUUCCCUUCCACAUCAACACUAUCAAGAACGCGGGCAAGAGUGAAGAGGGAGAUUGGUCCUUCCUCCGAAUCAACUUUCUCUCCCCCGGCCAAGGCGUUGGGCGCAAAGACGACCAGCCCUUCGAGGACGCCUCGGCCCACUUUGUUAGGAGCUUGACUUUCCGGUCUCUCGAUGGCGAGCGCUAUGGCGAGAUUACGAAUCAGAUAUCCAACAUGAAGAGAGACGCGGUGAAAAAGGAGCAAGAAAAGAAGGACAUGGAAGAUGUAGUGGAGCAAGACAAACUCGUCGAGAUAAGAAAUCGACGCCCUGCCGUGCUGGACAAUGUCUUCAUACGGCCUGCAAUGGAAGGAAAACGCGUUCCUGGCAAGGUAGAGAUUCACCAAAACGGUAUUCGCUACCAAUCCCCGCUCAGCACUACGCAACGCGUCGACAUUCUCUUUUCCAACGUUCGCCACCUCUUCUUCCAGCCGUGCACGCACGAGUUGAUUGUUAUCAUUCACAUCCACUUGAAGGAUCCCAUCAUUAUUGGCAACAAGAAGAAGACUAAGGAUGUUCAGUUCUACCGCGAAGCCACAGAUAUCCAGUUUGAUGAGACUGGAAAUCGGAAGCGGAAGUAUCGGUAUGGUGACGAGGAUGAGUUUGAGGCUGAACAGGAGGAGCGCCGCAGGAGGGCGGACCUCGACCGCCUCUUCAAGGGUUUCGCCGAGAAGAUUGCCGAGGCUGGUCGCAACGAGGGCAUUGAGGUGGACAUGCCUGUCCGAGAUCUUGGAUUCCAGGGGGUUCCAUUCCGCAGCAACGUCUACAUCCAGCCGACUACAGAAUGCCUCAUCCAAAUUACGGAGCCGCCCUUCAUGGUGAUUACCCUGGAGGACAUCGAGGUUGCCCAUUUGGAACGUGUCCAGUUCGGUUUGAAGAACUUUGAUCUGGUCUUCAUCUUUAAAGACUUCACACGUACCCCAUCCCACAUCAACACCAUUCCAGUCGAGUCUCUGGAAGACGUGAAAGAGUUCCUCGACUCUUCUGACAUCGCUUUCUCGGAAGGUCCUCUCAACCUCAACUGGUCCGUCAUCAUGAAGACGGUCACUGCCGAUACUCACCAGUUCUUCAUCGAUGGUGGCUGGGGCUUCUUGCAAAACGAGUCCGACAACGAGGACGACGGGGAAGAGAUGUCCGAGGAGAGUAACUUUGAGAUCAGCGAGAGUGAGCUCGAGGAAGCUUCAGAGUCUAGCGAGGAGGAUUCCGAUUUCGAUUCCCAGGCGUCGGCCGAAGCUAGCGACGACGCAGAUGCUAGUGACGAGGAGGAGGGCGAGGAUUGGGAUGAGCUGGAGCGCAAGGCGAAGAAGCGCGAUCGCGAGAGUGGACUCGAGGAAGAGGAGCAGCAGCGUGGCGGGAACAAGAAGAAGCAGCGGAAGAGAUGAGCGGCGGGCGGGCCUUGACGUGUAUUUGCCUUGCCUUGUCUCUCUUCGCUUCUUUGCGUAGGGCACGGUUGCAAGUCUUCUUUGCCCAUUGUCUACGGAGUCUGACUAGCCGACUCUUUAAUAUUUAUGGGUGUUUGACUUUCUGUUGGCAUGUAUAGUCUAUUACCGGGCUUUUCUUUCUUUUUGUUGCUGCAAUGUCUUUUUUUGUAGUUUGGGCAGGGAAAGUCUAGGUUAGAUAGACCAACAACGGGAACGGGAGCCUUUUCUUUCUUCCUACAAACAAUAUGGAAUGAAUGCAUCGGGACGUGUCUAAGUGUUACCCACUUGUGACGUUUUUUCACUCUUCUUUUGUUCAUCGGAUGGGAAGAAUUCGUUAAAAAGGUGGGAUGAAGGGGU